GGAGGGAGGGGGCGGGACUAGUCGCCGGUGACGUGAGUCGGGCCGACGGUAUCAGGCCUCCGCUCAUCGCCGACAGCUCAGUUGGGAACCGCCGCCGCUCGGUCCCGCGUCCUUUCCCCACAUUCUCCACCCUUCCCGAGGGCGAUCCUGCGAUCAUCGACGCGAGGAGCCGGAGCAAAGAUCUUUGAACAGGAGCCCGAGGCGUGCGGGCUGGAUUACGUCACGGCGCAGGGCGGGGGGUAUAGAAGCCAUUGCUGUGGACGGAGAGACGGGGACGUGACCGGCCAUUGAGGGCGGCCAGGGUGCUGGUGAGCCCUCCGCCCCCCCAUCUGCUCGGUGUGCGGGAUGAGCUUCGAAGGGUUGAGCUUCGAUGGAGGACCACAUGGCAGGGCACAACAAGGAGAAGCGUUAUGAGUGCGACGUGUGUGGCAAGGCCUGGCAGUACCCGAGUCUGUUGGAGAUCCACCAACGGGUGCACACGGGAAAACGCCCCUUCGACUGCUCGGAGUGCAGCAAGAACUUUGCCAGCUACGACAGCCUGCUGCAGCACAACCGCGUGCACUCCGGUGAGAGGCCCUUCACCUGCUCCGACUGCGGCAUGAGCUUCAAGACGACGAAUGACCUGAAGAUCCACCGGCGAGUGCACACGGGCGAGAAACCCUAUGGCUGCUCCACCUGCGAUAUGAGCUUUGCCCAGUUGUCGGGGCUGCGGGAGCACAGACGGGUGCACAGUAGUGAGCGGCCCUUCACCUGCUCCGACUGCGGCAAAGGCUUCAAGUCUUCCAAGGACAUGAAGCAGCACAGACGCCUGCACAUCGGGGUGCGGCCCUACACCUGCAGCGACUGCGGCAAGGGCUUCACAUGCUCCAGCAGCUUGUUGGAGCACCAGCACAUCCACACCGGCGAGCGCCCCUACACCUGCGCCCAGUGCGGCAAGGGCUUCAUCCGCUCCAGCAACCUGCUGGAGCACCAGCACAUCCAUUCCGGUGAGCGCCCCUACACCUGCGCCCAGUGUGGCAAGGGCUUCACCCACUCCACCAGGCUGCUGUCUCACCAGCGGGUGCACUCCAGCGAGAGGCCCUUCGGCUGCUCCGACUGUGGCAAGAGCUUCAAGACGAUGCAAGAGCUGAAAGUCCAUCGGCGGGUGCACACGGGCGAGAAGCCCUAUGGCUGCUCCACCUGCGGCAAGAGCUUUACCCAGUUGUCAGGGCUGUGGGUGCACCGGCGGGUGCACAGCAGUGAGCGGCCCUUCACUUGCUCCGAGUGCAGCAAAGGCUUUAAGUCGUCGCCAGAACUGAAGGUGCACAGGCGCCUACACACCGGGGAGCGACCCUACACCUGCAGUGACUGUGGCAUGGGCUUCACCCACUACCAAAGCCUGCUGGAUCACCGGCGCACCCACACCGGCGAGCGCCCCUACACCUGCGCCCAGUGUGGCAAGGGCUUCACCCGCUCCAACAACCUUGCUUCCCACCAACGCACCCACAGCGGGGAGAGGCCCUACACCUGUGCCCAGUGUGGCAAGGGCUUCACCCGCUCCACCAAGCUGCUGGAGCACCAGCGCACCCACACCGGCGACCGCCCCUACACCUGCACCCAGUGCGGCAAUGGCUUCACCAGCUCCACUAGGUUGCUGUCCCACCAACAGGUGCAUGAUGGCGGAGAGCACUUUGCCAUGGCCUCCCACAUCCUGUCUCACCAGCGUGUGCACACCAGUGGCCAGCCCUACGAUUGUCCGUGCUGCGGUGAGGCGUUUAACUGCUCGCAGGGCUUGUGGCAGCACCCCCUGCGAGCCCAUGCCGGUGAGCAGCUGCUCCCACAGCGGCAAGUAUUUCAAGAGACCACAGGGGCUGCGGGAGCAUCAACGGAUACACACCGGACAGAGACCCUUUGUGUGCGCUGAGUGUUUCACCCGAUUGUCCAGCCUGUGGCCGCACCGGCGUACCCACACGGCGUGACCACCUGCUGGAGCACUGGCGAAUCCACACCAGCUAGCGCCCUGCCCGCUCUGUGACAAGGCCUUUGCCUGCUCCUCCAGCCUGCUGGCACACCGCCACACUUCAGUAGGCACAAAAUACUGGAAGGAAUGGGUAACGUUACGAGUCGAGACCCAUCUUCAGUCUUGACCCGAAACGUCAGGCAUUCCUUCUCUCCAGAGAUGCUCCAACAUUUUGUGUCCUAUUUUGUAAACCAGCAUCUGCAUUUUCUUGUUUUUAAACCAUUCUGGUUAACCAUCUUUGCACCUUCCCCAAAGCCUCCACAUCAGUCCUGUAAUGGAGUGACCAGAACUGUAUGCAAUACUGCAAAUGCUACCUGACCAAUGUCCCAUAAAACCGCACAUAUACAUUCCUCUCUCCUUAUCUCACACCCUUUUAUCUCCUUAUUUUCUCUCUCCUCUGUCACUUCACUCAUCUGCCGAUCACCCCCUCAUCUGUUAACAGUGCCAGUUGAAGAAGGGUCUCGACCCGAAAUGCCACCAUGCCAUCUUCUCCACAGAGGCUGCCUAACCCGCCGAGUUACUCCAGCACUCUGUGAAACGUCAUCUAUCCAGAGAUUGCUGCCUGACUCACCGAGUUACUGCAGUAUUUCGUGUUAGAGUCAUAGGGUGAUACAAUGUUCAGCUCAACUUGCCCACACCAAACCACAUGUCCCAGCUAAACUAGUCCCACCUGCCUGCAUUUGGUCCAUAUCCUUCCAAACCUGUUAUCCAUGUAGCUGUCUAACUGUUUCUUAAACGUUGGGAUAGUCCCAGCCUCAACUACCUCCUCCGGCAGCUUGUUCCAUAAACCCACCACCCUCUGUGUGAAAAAGUUAUCCCUCAGAUUCCUAUUAAAUCUUUUCCCCUUCACCUUGAACCCAUGUCUGGUCCUCGAUUCCACCACUCUGGGCAAGAGAUUCUGCAUCUAACUAAAUUGUGUUCUAUGCAAGAUUCCAGCAUCUGUAGUUUCUUGUGUCUGCCUCACCUAUAUCCACCUAUCACCUCAGAAGAAGGUUCUCAACCUGAAAUGUCACCCAUUCCUUCUCUCCAGAGAUGCUGCCUGUCCCGCUGAGUUACUCCAGCGCUUUGUGUCCAUCUAUCACUUGUCCAGCCCCCAUCUCUCUUCUAGCUUCUACCCCUACCCUCUCCACUCAGUCUGAAGAAGGGUCCUGACUCAAAACCUCGUUUGUCCAUUCCAUCUAAAGAGGUGGCAGAACUCAGUGGGUCAGGCCGCAUUUGUAGAGGGAAGGGAUUCUAAGGCAACCAUUCCCACCUCUCCUUUCCAACUGUCUCCACCUCCCACAUCAAGUUUUCUGAAGAAGUGACCUAGAAUGUUGCCUGUCCAUGCUCUCCAGAGGUGCAAGUUACUCCAGGAGAUUGUGUCUCUUUUUGUGAACCGGCAUCUGCUGUUCCUUGUAUCUAGACUAGGUUUUACCCUACACUUGCGCUCGGUCAGCCAAGGCCCGCUGGAUCUCACAGUUGCCAACCAUUAUAACUCUCCCCACUCGCAAACUGGAGGAACAACACCUCAUAGCUUACAGACCAAUGACAUGAACAUUGAAUUCUCCAAAUUAAGGAGACAUCGUGGGCUAUCCCUUCUUCACUCUUCUGUGUUUUCGCUGGCGAAAGGUGCCAGGAUUAAUCCGGAAUCACUGCUUCCCGUCACCUGGCCGUUCUCCAAUAUCUCCGAACGGUGGGAUCUCGCUCUCCGCCCUUGGACGUCCGGCUCCAGCUGCAGUAAACAAGGAAUUUUGCUCGUUAAUGAAAUAAAUGUCUUAUUUUAAGCAAAAAAUAUAUAGACAGGCCCCCAAAUAAUCAGUGUCAACAAUGGACAAUCAGUAUCAACAAUAGGGCAAUAGACAACAGGAGUAGAUCAUUUGGCCCUUCGAGCCAGCACCACCAUUCAAUGUGAUCAUGGCUGAUCAUCCCCAAUCAGAACCCCGUUCCUGCCUUCUCCCCAUAUCAACCUGACUCCACUGUCUUUUAAGAGCCCUAUCUAGCUCUCUUGUAAGUAUCCAGAGAACCGGCCUCUGCCGCCCUCUGAGGCAGAGAAUUCCACAGACUCACAACUCUCUGUGAACAAAAGUGUUUCCUCAUCCCCGUUUGAAAUGGCUUACCCCUUAUUCUUUAAACUGUGGCCCCUGGUUUCAACCGGGUGGCUCCACCAGCACUGGCUGCCUCGCCAACAAUCUGUCUGUCCCAUCUACUGUUAUUAUUUUAAGUAUGUUUUAAAAGUAUGUUUUAAUGUUU